GUUGAUGAUGACGUCCCUACUGGCUAUCAACUACAGGAAACUGCACAGUUUCCCCUGAUAGGUUUUUUUUAUGCAGCCACUACUUCCUUAAACUUCCCCCUUUCCCACAUCUGGCCCUCCCUUUGUCCUUGUGCUCUUGCCCCUCCUUUAGUCAAGUAUCAACAAGCAACCUUUAGAAGUACACGCCCCUGCAAAGCCACACUCGUGUACAAGCUUACUGUACUAGUUAAGAUCAGCAGCUCAAAUGGAUCGACUUUGUGGGGCAGAUUUUUCUACAUACCUGUCCUCAUAGAGGAUUUAAAGAGCCACCAUGAGAAUGAGAGCUGUACUGCAGUCACAAAAGGAAAGGAGUUUGGGAUGGCUGUGAACACUGCUGCUGCAUUGGUAGUGAGAUUAAUAAGGAGUGGCUUAAUGCUUGUUUCUCAACAUUUGGAUUGUCAGAGAGCUUGUGCACACCUUCAUAUCUCCAAAAGCUGUCAUUCCUGUCUUAAUCUCUUGUAACUGCCAGCAACAAUGGACCUGACUUUGUGGCAGUACCAGUUCAGGAUCAUCAUGCUCGGCGAUUCCACUGUGGGAAAGUCCUCCCUACUGAAACGCUACACAGAGGACUUGUUUAUGGAGUCCAUCAACGAGACAGUAGGUGUUGACUUCUACGUUCACUUCCUGGAGGUGGAACCGGGGGUCCGUGUAAAGCUGCAGUUCUGGGACACAGCAGGACAGGAAAGGUUCAGAUCAGUGACCCGUUCCUAUUACCGCAACUCAGUUGGAGGCAUGCUAGUGUUUGACAUCACCAGUCGAGCCUCUUUUGACCAUAUUAAAGACUGGCAUGCUGAGGUGUGCGAGCGAGUACAGCCACAUAAGGUUCUGUUCAUCCUGGUGGGUCAAAAGAAUGAUCGAGAUGCUCACAGGGAAAGGGCGGUGAGCCGAGAAGAGGCAGAGAAGCUGGCCCAGCAGCUAGGAACGCCCUACGUGGAGGCCUCUGCAAAGUCUGGGCAAAAUGUAAAGGAGUGCUUCGAGCUCCUCACUCGACGAAUCUACCAGGGACUAUUGAGUGGAGAGAUAGAGCUGCAAGAGGGCUGGGAUGGAGUCAAGUGCACUGCCCCACAGGCGCUACAGUUACAGCGAGCCAACAUGCCUCAGCCAAGAACAGCAACCAAGGACAAGAAAAAGUGUUGCGGUUAAACUGUGGACAUGUGGUGCCCAUCUAUGUGAACUCACGUGACUGUAAAAGCAAUAAAUAACUGUGAGCAGGUUGGAUCGGUGGUGGCAUAUUACUGUAAGGCACAAAAAUCAUAAAACACGCUGGUAUGAAAAGUAUUUUUGCACAUUUUUUGUGAAGAUGAAUCUUUUAGAACUAUAAGAUGCUGGUAUUUUAUUUUGUGUUGGCUCUGUGAAAUAAAAUGGGGAAAUAGGUCAGUUUAGUGUUCAAUUUUUUUCUGUAACAGAUAUUUUUACACUUUUUGCUUUUUGCCAUCAGCAGGUCAUGCUCUCGACUCCUGUUGUAUUGAUUAUCAUUUAAUGAGACUGAACUUUUCACUGUAAAGCCCAAUAACCUUUCCGAUCUUGAUAUAGCUUCACCAUUAGGUUAAAAUUUAAGUUUGCUCAAUGCCACUUGUAACACUGAGCUCAAAAUAUGCCUUACUCAAAGCUGCUAGUGAAACUGUAGACUUUUAAUAGAAAAAUCUAUAUUCUGUAUUUAUAAGAGAAAUAUGGUAAUUCUCUCUUUAGUGAGAUGCCAGCUCCACAGCAUAUUACGCUAAUGGACUUAUGAGGUCAUGGCUAACCUCAGUUCAGCUGGGGCAGAGGCUGUAAUAUGACAAGUUGUUUGUUCUUUUCUCUAAUUUGUCUAAUGGGUGCUAAAGAUGUAAUUGUGUCAGAGUCACAAUUAUUCAAAAGUGAGAGAAGAAAUGAACAAAUCUAAAUUAUUGAAUUCUCUACCUCGAGACCCGUACACUGGUAAAGUGGUUCCACCGGCUUGAAGGUUGAGGAGACGAGGUAGUCUGCACAGCUCGUGUCCACACAAAGACAUUACAAAAAGCGGUUUGCAAGCAGGUUUAUGAUUUUGAGGGGUUAAAAGUGAUAGGAUUGGAGCCACUGCUCCACAAAGGUAUUCUGCAUUUUCUUUUCAAUUUCUGGGAUGCAUAUCUGAGAUUCUGUCUAUAUUGUUUGUUCUGCCAAUAACUGGCAGCUAUUAAGGUACUUGGUCCCUUGGUUCAGAUUCCAAAUAUUGUCUUGAGCCUUCAUUUGUCUCUUCAGUUAUUCUUAUGAGCCUGAACAGUUGUCUUAUAACAUGACGAGUAAACAUCCUGUGAGGAACUGGUUGUCUGUAGGUGUUUCUGUGGAAAUUCAUUAAACUCUCAUGUGCAUACAUUAAAGUGGGGUUUUUCCCCCAGUGUCUCUGCAACUAAAACAAGGUCAUUAAAUGAUGGCUGGCAGCCAUCUGCUGUUUCUGAAUAUCUUUCUUUAACCUUGGUUGUCUGCAAGUAUGCAGGAAGUCCAUUUAAUCUGAG